AUGAAUAAUUGGCUACCUUCUUUUCAUAAUCCUCUUUUAUUGACUGAGCAUUUAAACAAACCGUUUUAUAGAUAUGAUAAUAAUAAUAAAGAUAUAACUAAAAUUGUUUUUGAUACAGAAUCUGAUUUGAUUUGGGCAGGAGAUACGUAUGGACGUAUUUCUUCAUAUACGAGUAACUUAACUCCAUACACACGUUAUACUGGGCACAUUGGUGUUCAAGCUGUUCAAGAUAUCUUUCCAUUUAAAGAUGUAGGGAUAUUGUCAAUUAGCGAUGACUCACUUCAUUUAAGUAAUAGAAGAGGUGUAACUAUUUUCAAUUUAACGUCGGUAAAUAUUUCAGAGUUUUCUGGAUUAAGAAGUAUGUGUCUGGGUAAGAAUAAUUUUCAAUCAAAUGAAAAACUGUAUAUUGGUGGUGUCAAUUCUAAUUCACCAACCACAGGAAUUAUCCAAUUGGACCUGAAUCGUCCUUUAUCAUCUAUAUCUAUGUUAGGAACACAUAGCAAUAAUAAUACAUCUUCUCUUUCGAUCAAUUCAACCUCAAUAUUGAACGGUAAUAACUCAAGUCUUCAUUCAGAAAUAAUACCUUAUUAUGGAAAAGUGCAAAAAAUUAUAUCAGAUGAUAAAUUUAUUGUAGUUGCAAGACAAAACGGUGCAAUCGACUUAUUAGAUCCAUUAUCAAAUACGAUUAUAAAAACAUUUUCUCCUUCUCACGCUUCUAUUAUUAAUUCUAUGGAUUCUAUGCAUUAUACAUUAGUGACAGCUGGUAAAUCUAGAAAGGCCAAUGGUAUGAUAUCUGAUCCAUUCGUAAAUAUCUAUGAUCUAAGAAAUAUGAAACAAAUGCCACCUGUAUCAUUUUCAAAAGGCACCACAAUGGGUUUGGGUGGUGCAGAUUUUGUACAAUUCCACCCAUUAUUCCCUACUGUGGUUGUUGUUGCAUCAGAGACAGGUUCUUUUGAUUUCAUUGAUAUUUCUAAUUCUAAUCAGAGAGGACAAUAUAUCCAUUCAUGUAAUACUAUUAAAACUUUUAAAAUCUCGCCUAAUGGGGAACAUAUAGCGUUUUUGAAUGAUGAUAAUACGCUAAAUCUUUGGGAUAGAACUAUUAACCCAUUAUCUUCCUCUAAGAAUAGUACGAGUUUAAAUAUUUCAUCGAUACCUACACUCUCAUCUCUUAAAAAUGGGUUAGAGGUUAAUAUGCCACAUAAUACAAUGAUUGAUAAGUCACUUCGAAUUGCAUCAAAUCCUAUACCAAAUAACUAUAGUUUUACGAAAAUUAAUGAAGUAUUAGAAUAUCCGGAUUAUGUGGAUGAUGGUCCUCCAGUGCCUAAUUUACUUGUUGAUUCCAACAAUCAUACACCAUUGUCAUCAAUUGGGAUGCCAUAUUAUAAUGAACGAUUAUCUUCUGCUUGGCCACAUUCUAUAUUUAGAUCAUCUGGUACAAUCCCAUUAAAUUAUGAUUAUCUAUGUCCACAGAAAACCAUUAAUCCUGUCACUUCAAGUAUUUCUACUUCAGAACCUUCAACUACAGUUACUGGUACAUCAUCUAGCAAUCUGGGUAAUGGAUCAACUGUUAUAACUUCUUCACCAUCAUCAACUUCUAAUUUCCAUUUCAAUUCAAACUCUCUUGGAUAUCCUUCUAAUAGCGGUUCCAGUUCUAAUUCAAAUCGUAAAACAUCGUCUAAUAUAAAAACUUUUACGCUAUUACCUUAUAAUAAAGCUAAAUAUGGUCCAAGGAAUGAAAUACCUGAAUAUGUAUCAUUAAAGGAAAAAAGAAAGAAAAACUCUUUAGGAACUAUUUCAGAUGACACAUUUAAUUAUGUCCCCUUAAAGACUAAUAAUUUAACCGUUCGAGAAAUCCCUGAAGCUUUUAAUAAAUUAAAUUUCAUAGAAACCAAAUAUGGAUCUGAUGAUUCUAACUCAUAUGAUUUAUACAAUAAGACAAAAAGGUUUGCAGGUCUUGAAAUAGAUUGUAAUUUUAAUUAUGCCAAUUCAAUUAUUCAAUUAUAUCGAUUUGUUCCUGAAUUAUUUCAUUUUUUGGUACGAAGUUUAAAAGAUGAGAAUUUCCAUAGUGAUUCUCUAUUGACUGAAUUAGGGUAUUUAUAUGAUAUGAUGCAACGUUCGAAAGGAUCUAUUUGUAGAUCAAGUAAUUUCCAAUUGAAAUUAAAAUCUAUCAAGAACAAGAAGAAUGAAAAGUUACAUCCUCAAUGGUCUCAUAUUAAUACAUCAUCUAAAAAUAAUUUAGGAUUACAUGGAAGAGAUAGUCAUGUAGUAAGUGACGAUGCUUUAUUAACGUCUAAUAUACCUAAUUUAACAUUACCUGAUGAAUAUGAAAAAACCAAUUCUUCAUCUACUAUCAGCAAUACUACAAUUAGUAAUAAUUCCCCAUCUAUACAUAAUAAAUUGAAAAAUAAAUGCCAUGGUGGUGGUAGUAGCACAAUUUUGACUAGUGCUACUAGUGGGAAUACUAAUAAUGAUACUUAUUCACAAAUGCAACGAUCACAUAUUGAAGAAUAUCUUAAUCGUACUACUACUAGUGAACUUCAAAAAUUCAAUACUGGAUUUCUACAUCAUCUAAUUACUGAUGAAAUUCAAUUGAAUUCUAAUACAAUGACUAUUGAAGAGACAUUUGGAUUUCAUGAAGAAACCAACAUAUAUUCUAGUUGUUCACAUUAUAAGAAACAAUCGGUUAUUAUACCAGCAUUGACUGUAUUGACUCCUAUGAGAUUUGGUAAUAAACAUUAUAAUUCCAGCAAGAAAUUAAAUAACCAAACCAUCUUAUCAUAUAUUGAGAAUUCUAUGAAGUGGACAAAGAAAAUCACUUCAAUUUGUGACGUUUGUAAUAAGAAAGAAUCCAUAACUAUUGAAAAGACUAUUAAGAAUUUGCCACCAGUCUUUUCUUUAGAGGUCCACCUUUCCAUUAAUGAAUGGAAUAUUAUACGUAAAGUUCGUGAUUGGUUAUCGAAAGAAUUUUAUGCCAUGAAUUUCAAUGAUAAAUGUAUAAUUCGUACUUCACCUAAUGAUUAUUUGAAAUAUAACAUUCCAACUUUUAAAUAUGAAUUAUGUGGGUUUAUUUGUCGUAUCCAUACUUUAUAUGGGGAAGAAAAUCUUGUUACAUUUGUCAAGAGUUAUGAUAAUGGUGAAGGAGUUAAAGGAUACAAAUGGUAUAUGAUUAAUGAUUAUCUUGUGUUGGAAGUAGAAGAAGAAGAGGCAUUGAAUAUGAGUUACUGGUGGAAGACAGUGGAGAUUGUUCUAUAUUGUGAUACUGAAGAAUUAAAAAAACCUUUAUUUACUUAUAUGAAUGAAUUUGAUGUGAAGAGUGAUGGGUCUAUUGAGAUUAUAAAAGAACAAUUACAAAGACAAAGGAAUUAUAUCAAGACUUUAAAUACCAAUAUCUUAUACCGAGACUAUUUCAUCAAUGGUAUUACUAAAGAUAUUCAAAAACAAUACAAAUUAUUAACUCGUCAAGAGGCCCCCCAAAUUGGAAGUCUUGUGGCCAUUGAUGCGGAAUUUGUCACAUUACAACGUGAGAUCAAUGAAUGUAGUUUAUAUGAAAAAAAAUACAUCAUCCGUCCUGAAGAAAAAGCACUUGCAAGAUUAUCUAUCUUAAGAGGUGAUGACGGUGAGAAUUUCGGCCAAGCAUUUGUGGAUGAUUAUAUCAUGGUGGAAGAACCCAUUAUCGAUUACUUGACACGUUAUAGUGGGAUUGUACCAGGAGACUUGUACAUCCAAUCCAGUAGGAAACCCUUGGUAAUGCGUGAAGUUGCAUAUCGUAAAGUAUGGUUGUUGUUACAAAUGGGGUGUAUCUUUGUUGGUCAUGGUUUAGAUAACGAUUUCCGUCAAAUCAAUAUCCAAGUGUCAAAAAAUCAAAUACAUGACACAGCUGAAUAUUUCCUACACGGUACUAGGAAAUUAUCAUUGAGAUAUUUGGCAUGGGGGUUGUUAAAGAAGAAUGUCCAAGAAGGUAAUCACGAUUCUAUUGAAGACGCUUACACUGCAUUGCUUCUAUAUAAGAAGUAUUUGGAGUUGAAAAGAACUAAUGAGCUUGACACGGCUACCAAUAUGUUAUAUGAGAAUGGACAUGCUUGUGGUUUCAAGGUACCAUCAGAAACUGAGACUUAA